GAAAAAGAUGACACAAAAAGGAGAGCAGAUUGCUCUGUCCACAAAGCAUUUUUUCCAGAAAUCCAUGCAACCGAUAGUACUACUUUCAUCCAUCCAUCAAUUCUCCGUUUACUAGAAAUUCUCUCUACUUCCGUGUCUUUCUCUUCCCACAAUAAAGAAACCGUCUUUUUAUUUGUUUAUUUAUUUAUUUUGUCUUCCCUUUUACCUCGAUGGUGUGCAGUGGAGGGAUAAUUAGAAUAGAAUAAUAUUCCUGUAGGGAGAGAUUAAUUAGCUAGGUUGGGUUAGUUGAUGAAAAAGGAAGUAGCUUUAUAUCCACGGCCCUCAACCCUGGCGCAUGCAUGUAUGUAUGCAUGUUGAGAGAUUGGUUAUUGUUUGAGAUGGAGGGAGAUAGAGAAUGAGGAGAGAGAAGAGGAUGGGGAUGUUGUGAAGGAGGAAAGGUGAGGGAGGGGAUCUGAUAUUUCCUUUUGGCGUUGAAUUCCCCGAAUUCUAAAGAGCCUUUUUAGCGGAGGAUAGAAAGUGAGAGAGAGAGAUCCCACACAGGAAAGGAAGCUUAAAAGGAAGGAUGCGAGAGACAGAUAGAGAGAGAUAGAGAGAGAGAGAGAGAGAGAGAGAGUAGCUAGUAGGGGUGGGCAUCGUAUUAGAGUGUUGAUUUUGUUUGUGUUUGUAAAAAGCUUGUGUUUGAUUGUUUUGCAUAACCAUCCAGUUGUUCCUUGCAGUCUUGAAAAUGUGAAUUUGUCUAUAUUGAAGUGUUCUUAUCUUAUCUGGCCACACACUAAUUUCGUUUUCUCCCUCUACUCAGGGCUCAAUAGCCUUAGAACCCAAGUGUAAGUUUCACACACAUUACUCUCCUUUUUCUCAUACCAUAAAGUCAAGCAAACCAAAGUACUCUCCGAUACCAUUCACAUCCAUUCUCCAUUUCUUCUUCCUUCUCUCCUCCUUCUUCUUCAUCACCCUUCUUCCUCCAAUUCAAUCCAAUCCGAUCAAAUCUCAACCCGACCCAAAUCAAAUCCUCCCCACUUUUCCUUUCGCUCCAGCCUCACCAACACUGCAUAAUUCAAUUCCACUCGUGAAAUGAGAGCCGGACUAAGCACCAUCCAGCAAACCCUAACGCCGGAGGCGGCCAGCGUUCUCAAUCACUCAAUCGCCGAGGCCGGCCGCCGGAACCACGGCCAGACGACGCCUCUCCACGUGGCGGCCACGCUGCUCGCCUCCCCCUCUGGUUUCCUCCGCCAGGCCUGCAUAAAAUCCCACCCCAAUUCCUCUCACCCCCUUCAGUGCAGGGCGCUCGAGCUAUGUUUCAGCGUCGCUCUGGAGCGAUUGCCCACUUCUCAGAACACCGGUUCCUCCAUGGAGCCGCCAAUCUCCAAUGCCUUGAUGGCGGCCCUCAAGCGGGCUCAGGCCCACCAGCGCCGUGGCUACCCGGAGCAGCAGCAGCAGCCUCUCCUCGCCGUCAAAGUCGAGCUCGAACAGCUAAUCAUAUCCAUUCUCGACGACCCCAGCGUGAGCAGGGUCAUGCGCGAAGCCAGUUUCUCCAGCCCCGCCGUUAAAGCCACCAUCGAACAGUCCCUUAACGCCGUCCCCUCCACCGUCAAUUCCGGAUUGGGAUUCCGGCCUAGCGCGGUGGCUCCGUCGAAUUCCGCCACCGGCCGGAAUUUGUAUCUGAACCCGCGUCUGCAGCAGCAACAGCAGCAGCAGGGGAGUGCAGCGCAGCACAGGGGCGAUGACGCGAAACGAAUUGUGGACAUAUUGCUGAGGUCCAAGAAGAGGAACCCGAUCUUGGUGGGGGAAUCGGAGCCCGAGGCUGCGAUCAAGGAGGUGAUAAAGAAGAUUGACAACAAGGAAUUGGGAGAUGGGGCUUUCUCGAAUGCUCACGUGAUUCAUUUGGAGAAGGAGCUUCCUGCUGAUAAGGCGCAGAUACCUGCAAGAUUGAAGGAGUUGGGGGAUUUGAUUGAGACGAGGACUGGGAAUUCUGGGUCUGGAGGGAUUUUCGUUGACUUGGGUGACUUGAAGUGGCUGGUGGAGCAGCCUGCUGGGUUCGCCGUGGGUGGUGGUUUGGGUAACAUGCAGCAGGUCACGCUCGCUGAGGCCGGGCGGGCUGCGGUGGCGGAGAUGGGGAGGUUGGUCAGCAAGUUCGGUGAAGGUGGGGCUGGUAGACUUUGGUUGUUAGGGACUGCUACUUGCGAGACUUACUUGAGGUGUCAGGUUUAUCAUCCCACCAUGGAAAACGAUUGGGAUCUUCAGGCAGUGCCAAUUACCACCAGAGCCCCUCUCCCUGGGAUCUUUCCCAGGCUUGGGACGAAUGGUAUUCUUGGAAAUUCGCUCGAGUCUUUUUCUCCCUUAAAGACCUUGUCAACUACAACGAUCUCUCCACUGAGACGUGCCUCUGAGAACGUAGAUCCUGCUGCUGUAUCAAUUUGUUGCCCGCAGUGUAUGCAGAACUGCGAGCGAGAAGUAGCAGAAAUGUUGAAAGAAACUGAGAAAUCAGAUACUGGACUCAAAUCAGAGGCAGCUAAACCGUCCCUCCCUCUGUGGUUACAGAAUGCUAAAACUAAUAAUGAUAACGGCAAAGUAAUGGAUCAGGCUCAGAGUAAUAGCACAGAAGUGAAUGUGAAGAAGAGGACUCAAGAAAUACAGAAGAAAUGGCAUGACGCCUGCUUGAGUUUACACCCUAAAUUUCAUCAGCUAAAUGUGAGCACAGAGAGACUUGUUCCAACUCCUUUGUCAAUGACUGGCCUAUACAAUAUGAACUUGCUGGCACGCCAAUUCCAACCCAAAAUACCUUUAAAUAAAAAUCUCGGAACCUCUUUGCAGUUGAGCUCAAACCCAGUGCCAAUCCACACACCAGAGCGUGCAAUGAGCCCGCAGCAAAGUCCGGUAAGGACCGACCUGGUCCUUGGGCAAACAAAGCCAGCUGAUGCCACUCCAGAAGAAACACACAAAGAAGGCAUCAAUGAUUUCUUGAGCUGCCUCUCGUCUGAGUCACAAGACAAGUUCGAUGAAUUACAGAGCAAAAAGCUACUUGAUGCGGACUCUUUCAAGAAGCUCCUGAAAGGCCUGACAGAAAAGGUCUGGUGGCAGCAGGAUGCAGCGUCAGCGGUGGCCACCACAGUGACCCAGUGCAAACUGGGCAAUGGAAAAAGACGCUCCAAAGGUGACACGUGGUUACUGUUCGUGGGUCCUGACAGAAUUGGCAAGAAGAAAAUGGCAGGAGCACUUUCUGAGCUGGUAUCGGGGUCCAAUCCGAUAAUAAUACCUCUGGCUCAACGCCGUGGGGAUGGAGGGGACUCCGAUGCCCCUCAACUCCGUGGUAAAACAGCACUCGAUCGAAUAGCGGAGGCCAUCAGAAGGAACCCACUUUCUGUAAUCGUGCUUGAGGACAUUGAUGAAGCCAAUAUCCUUCUUCGCGGGAGCAUAAGAAGAGCCAUGGAACAAGGCCGGUUCCCGGAUUCUCACGGCCGUGAAGUCAGUCUCGGGAACGUCAUGCUUAUCCUCACUGCAAAUGGGUUGCCAGAGGACCUCAGGUACCUCUCCAAUGGGUCUCCACUAGACGAAGAAAAGCUUGAAAAUUUAGCAAAGGGAGGGUGGCAACUACGCAUAUCAGUGGGUAAGAGAGCAUCAAAACGAAGACCCAGCUGGCUAUCGGAUGAAGACAGGUCCUUGAAGCCCCGGAAGGAGGUGAAUUCAGGACUAUCGUUUGAUCUUAAUGAAGCUGCUGUUGCUGCAGAGGACGACAGGGGAGAUGGGUCACUCAAUUCAAGUGAUUUCACUGUUGAACAUGAUGACAACAAUCACGAUGGAGGAGGGUCUCUCUCAACAGUGCCGCGCGACCUUCUGGAUUCUGUGGACGACGCUAUUGUCUUCAAGCCCUUGAACUUUGAUCUCAUUCGCAGGAAUUUCGCCACAUCCAUCGCGAAAAGGUUCUCCACAGUUGUAGGUAAUGGGGUGUCAAUUGAAGUGCAGGAAGAUGCUCUUGACAAGAUCACCAGCGGAGUGUGGUUAGGCCAAACCACCAUUGAUGAAUGGAUGGAGAAAGUGUUGGUUCCAAGUUUCCACCAUCUGAGAAAGAACUUGAAUUCAAGUACCCAUGACCACGAGUCUUCUUCUAUGGUAUUUAGGCUUGAAGAUGAUGGCUACUCCGAUCGUCGGGGCUCCCAAGAGUGGCUACCUGCUACUGUGAGAGUGAUGGCGGAAUAGUCAGUGAUCAAUGGAGAUAUCCGUUUUUGUUGGUAAUAGAAAUGUAAAUACAAACUUUGGCAAAGAAAAGUCAAAGGUACCUAGUAGAACCAAGAUAAAAAAAAAAAAACCGGUUACAAGGCUUGUCGGGGGUGUCAAAUUUUUUUCCCUUAGAUAAAGAUUAAUUAAUUUUUGCGUUAUAAACUUU